UCAGAGCAGCGAAGUCAAGGACGUCUGGGACGAGACGACAAGAGCUGUGACUGAACGGCUGGAGCUUUGCUGUGUCCUCACUGAGCUAAUGAAGAGGUUUCAGAGUGUGCACGCUGAACUGAGCGGGACGUUACAGAGAGCAGAAACCACCAUCAGUGAAAAAGCCUCAUACAUGGGGAGAGAUAACCUGCAGAGAUUAUACACAAAGGUUCAGGAAACGAAAGCUGAGCUUCACCGCGCCGGAGGCGACAUCGAGGACGUCCGCAGCGUCUGUCGGCAGAUUCGCGCUCACCUGCGUCGGAUGCCAGAGUGCGACGCCAUCCUAUUCGAGAGUGAAGCCGAUACGCUCAUGGACAGCUGGCUGGACAUAUCAGAGCGAACAGAUUCCCACCUUGAAAACCUGCGUCUGGGCCUGACUCUGUGGGGUGGAGUCCUUCAGCUCGGAGCAGAGGUGGAGAACUGGACCUCCGCUAAAGUAAACACGUUUGUCCAGUCGCCAUCUUUUCAGUCCGAGGACGACAUCGAGGCGCUGAAGAGUGAGAUUGUGUCCCAGGAGAAGCGAGUGGAGCAUUUUGAACGUAAAGCCAGCGAGAUUCAGUCGCUGCUUCAAAGCACAGACCCGCUGCUGGAGCUGCAGGUGACGGGGAACCAGAUGAGGAAGAAGCUGGAGCAGCUGAAGGAGCUCGUUGCAGAAUCCGAGGACGUUUACAGGCAGACGGUGGCUGCCAAGGAACAAAUAUCUGCCAGGACGACCGAGUGCUUCACAUCCCUGCGAAGGAUUCAGGAGUCUCUCCUCACUCUCGGGGGCUCAGACGUCGCAACAGUCCUCGCACAACUUAAAGAUUUGUGUCUGAAGCUCCAGAGCCAGGAUGAACAAGCAGAGGGUUUGAUUGAGGAUCUGCAGGUUCUGUCCUCCAUCUCCAGUCCGCAUGGUCUGCAGAGUCUGUGCGCGGGAGUCGUCCGGCUGCAGGAGGAAGUCCGAAACUCGCACCGGCUCUUCUCUGAGGUGGAAGAACGCACUCAGCGGAACAUCCAGGAUCUGGACAGGCUGCAAAUGGAGUGUGAGCAUUUGGAGCGAUGGCUUCAAGGCGCUGAGGAAAAAGCAGGCAAGGGGGAGGAUGUUAUUCUCCUGCAAGAGGAAGCUCUUAAACUAAGAGUGAGGACAGACGUCCUCAGUCGGCUCGUGUCGUCCUUGCAAAGCAGUGACCUUCAGCAAACGGCGCCGGUGCUUGAAAGCAGCAAACUUUUGCAGCGAUGCCGCAACUUCUACGCUGUCGUUCUACACGGAGAAGAAGAGAAGCAGCGUUCUCAGCCUCAAUCAACUGAGACAUUGCUGGAAGACUCGGCAAACCUAGGAACACAAACGUCCCAACUUGAAGCACCGAAGGACUCGAUCGCUGACGGUGUCACCGCCGAGGCUCACGGCAGCCUCUCCGACCUCCAGCAACACAGGAGGGCGCUAGACAGCAGCAGCAUCACAGAAACUCUCCUCACAGAGAACAGCAGCCUGACAGCUCAUCAAGUGAAGGACGAGCUCUCCAGUGUUCACGCGGCUGUGAAAGAUCUGGCAGAAAAUGUUGGAAACCUGCGCGUCAACCGUGACGUGAGGCAGCUCAAACAGCAGUGGCGCGUCAUACAGGACGUUGAAAGCAGGCUGACAGAGUUGGCCUCCAGAGUUCACAGUCUGCAGGACACUGACGAGUCCAGCGUCACACAGGAAGUCCCCCCUCCGGAAGCCACUGUGAACGUCAAUGGAGUCACUAAAGACUUUGACAGCCUCCGCUCCGUCUUUCUCCAGAAGAAGCAGGAGUGUGCAGAGGCCACUGCUAACAGGGUGAAGGAGGUGGUCGGGCAGCUGCGGCACUGGAGGCAAACAGUAGCUGAACCGGCAUCACUCGGCCAGGCAGCUGCCGAUGAAGGUUUGCAGCUUCAACAAUAUCUCAGAGAGUUACUCGCAGACAAAGAUUUUCUUCCAAACAUUUUGGGAACAACAGCCUCGAAGGACCUGCAGAAAAAAGCCUCUAUUGCUCUCACUGAAAGCUCCUGUGUACUUAAUGCCUUGUCUGAAUGCCAGAUAACUCAAGGUCCAAAUGAAGUGGAACUGGACAAAAGGGAGACGCACGGAUCACAUUCUGCUUCACUGGUGGCCGUGUGUCCUCCAGAGCCUCCUUCCCUUUCUGCAGCAGAUGAGGGAAUGUCGGAAAGUGAUCGGAAUGAAAGUCCGAUCGUUACCAAAGCCUUGGUCAGCAUUUUAGAAAGAGAGCGUCCUUCGACUGAGCCGGCCGCAAACAAUUUAGGAGGAUCUAAUAUGGAAGCUGUAAGAGACGUGGAACGAGAAGACAUUUUAGUCAGGAGCUUUACGCAAUCAGCCAAAAACGGUGCCUUAGAACGUAAUCACGUCCCAAAUACAAAGAUCCCACAUGAGCCUUCUGUUGAAAUCCAACAGUUGACUUCAAAAUCAAACUUGAUAAAUGAUCUUGAGCCAGAUGAAGGUCUUGGCAACAUUAACACUGAUAGCAGCCUUCAGACGCUUUCUGGAAAUAAAAUGAAACCUUUAGAGUCAGAUUCACGUGAACCUGAACCACUGCAGGAAGACGCUACGUCAGUCCUGGACUGUAACACAUCUGUGGCCGCGACACACAAAGACUUCCCACCUUCUGCCACUGAAGCGAUGGCACAACCAAAGGGAACGACGGAUGCUCUUGAGCGACUGACUCCAAAGACUGUGUACACGAUAGUGCUGGAGAUGGAGCCACGCGUCGCGUCGGAGAGGGAAAACGUCGGCGCGGAGCUGAUCGCAGAAGUUUCUAACACGGGCUUCACUAAGCAGAGACUGGACCUGCUUUCAAAAUCACUCAGCCCCAAAUCUAACAAAACAGACGUCUUGAGGAAAAACCAUUUAGCUGCACAUUUAGAGACGAUUAAAGAUUUUAAAGAUGGUCAAGAAAAGGAGAGGGAUAUGGAGGUGACGCCAAAGAGUGUGUUUACAAUAGUGUUGGACAUGGAGACGCCUGUGCGACAGGGAAGGGGAAACGUUGAACCACGCUCGAAUAUCACAGAAGAACGUCUUGAACCAAAAUUGUCAGAAAAGUCCUUGACAAUGAGCACAGAGGUUAACGAUGUACAAUCUACAAGUGCCAUAUUACCAGAAUCCCCAGAGGUAUAUCACGACAUGGCAUUUAAUUCCUCCACAUGUCGGCUCACUGCAGCAGAAGCAACGUUUCCCAGUGUCAAACUGGACGCGACAGAUCUGUGUCACACAGAGAGCUCAGUCCUGGGCGCGGUGGAAAGUCCGGUGCAGAGCGGAGACACCUUCACUGAAACUGGUGGCGAUGAGCAGACGAUGGGUGCCGACACUGCAGACGGCGCAGGUACGGGAGGAGCAGCAGAGUUGACAGAAGGAGGAAACGCAGAGGAGGCGAGUGGCUCUGAAGGCCCGGAGUCCAACAAGCACCAGGAGGUGACAAAAAGACGAGGCAUCGCUUUGUUGCUAGGAGAUGAUGGUGAAGACGAGUUACCUGCAUCGCUGGAAGACGCAGAGGAGACGCAGGAACAGCCUCAGACGCAAGAAGACGCGGAGCCUGAGAGGACGGCGCUGGGUUUGUCCACUGCGGAGACAAAGAUGUCCCACAAAAGCAGCUCCGCAACAAUGCUGGAUAUUUUAUCCGACAUACAGAGCCUGGUGGAGAGGGGAAACAUAAUAAAUAGGACACCACACAUUGAUCUAAAGUGGUAUGUGAAGUCGUCUCCUGGCGAACCAGAGAUUCGGUUGGUACGAACCGUCCAGCAGGUCCUGGCGUGUCGAUACCAGCCGGCACAACUCGAUGCCACAGCUAUGGCCAAACAGCUGGAGGAGGCUGAGGAGUACAGGUCCUGUGUGCAGGAGCAGGUAUCGGCUAUGAAAAGCGCGAGCGAUGCCACAGACUGUGACCCGAAUGCCCCGAAGAGAGCUGAAGAACGGCGGAGUGCUGCUCUGCUCGAAGCCUCUGCUACGGUGCAGGUGAAAGCGGCACAGCUGGAUCAGGUCAAACAGUAUCACAGACAGAUGAAGAUGGCUCGAGCUCUUCUGCAGGUCUUAGCUGCUGAGAAGGAAAGCAUGAGCUUAAAUGCUUUGGGGAGCAGCGCUGUUCAAGCUGAGAAACUUCAUGCUCUGCUGCAAACCAUGGAAAGGAAGAAGGACGUCAUGGAGGAGCUGCUUCACCUAAGCAGCCAGUUAUCAGCGCACUUGAGCGAUGCCGAGAGUUCGGGCGCUCUCCUUGCCCAGCUUGGAGAUGUCCAAGAGGAAUGGAGGCUAUUAGAAGGAAGUAUCAAGAGAGCUCUGCGACACGCCGCAAACUCUGCCUCUCAGUCCUCUGUUCUCAUCAAAGAGGCCGAACACCUGAAAGCCAAGCUUGAAGAUCUUCACAAAUCCAGCCCUCAAAGCAAUGACGGCAAAAGCGCUUUAGAACUAGCUUGUCUGACCACGGAUGUAAAACUCUAUAACCAGCUUUAUUUACACUUAAAAUCCCAGUCGGACGCUCUCGUCAAUUUCUCCGUGGGUCAGAAGGAGAAGAAUGAGAUCCAGAAUAAGCUUCAGGAGCUGGAGUCAUUGCUCGACGUCACCAAGAAAAUGCUCAGCACUUUCGCAGGUAGCUGUGGAGGAACGUCGUUAACCAGGAUCAAUAAACAAUUACAGGACUUGAUCAUCUGGGCCAAACAGGCAGAAAACCACAUCUCUAUUGGGAAAAAACUAGCUCUCUUCCCAGAGGAAGCGCGCAGUCAAAUUGUUGACAUGAAGAAAUUUCAAACGGAUAUCUUGUCCCAGUGGUCUAAAAUGCAAGCACAGAUAGAGGAGAUAAAAGAAGUAGCUUCUGAUAUGGAAAAAGAGGAAAGUGACCAAGUAGUGAAGACAGUGGAAGACCUUUAUGAAGCCAUUGCUGACAGUUUGGAUCAUGUUCUUGGCACGAUGAAGAACCACCUACAGAAGAGGGAGAAACUGUUAUCCCAGUUGGCUAGCUUGGACGCCUGGCUAGCACAAUCGCAUGCUACAAGAGACGUGUAUUCCCAUGUCGAAAAUGUUUCCAAGGCUGACGUCCAAAAGCUGCAGAGUGAGCUGGAGAGGCACAGGUUAGCCACCGUGGAGAUCCAGAGCAAGCUAAAACUGGUGGAGGCCAUGGAAGAAAGUUGCAAGGACAUCGCAGAGGGGUUGAGUCCAGGAGAGAGCCGCUACCUUGUCAACAGACUGUCAGGCCUUUGGACAGAAUUGGAUGGACUGCUAGCUCAUGAGAAAGCAACCAGCUGGGAAUUAGAGGAGCUGAUUCAUGAGCGAACCUCUUCAGAUGAGGAGUUAUCAACCAUCCAGAGUAACCUGAAGGAAAUUUCUACUGAUCUGGAGAAGCGAAGUUUCCCCUUAAGGCAGGAAACACUUUCAAUGUUAGCGCAAGUGAUGCACAUGCUAAUGGAGAAUCAGUGUCAGGUACAAGAGCUUCAGCACUGUCAUGAGGCCAAGCGAAGUGCCUUGCUGUGCACCAUCGGGGAACUGCAGGACAGGUGCAAAGCUCUUCGCCUCAGUGCCUUUGAGCAACACAAAUAUCUGCACCUGAGGAGACAAAUGGAGGAAUCUAGGGACAUUGCCAACGAGCAAGUCCAGCGUGCCAGAGAUAGAACAAUCAGUGUGGAUGAGAGGUUCAGAUUAUGCCAAACCCUCCUGGUGGAACUUCCUCUGAUGAAGACACAGUGUCAAGAAGCAGGAGACCAAUUAGAGGCCAUCGCUCAUGAGCUGCACCCAUCCCAGCUUAAUUCAGAGAGGCUGAGGAUUCAACACACCGUGGAAACUUUGGUGACUUGGGAGCAUUCUGUCACAGAUGAUAUCAAAAACCUCGAGGCCAAGCUCCUGUCAGGACUGCACCUUUCCUCUGAACAUCCUGCUUUAACUGAGCUCUUCCAAAGAACAACAGUGGAGCUGGAUGAAGCCAAACCAGUCAGUCCAGAUGAGAAAGCAAUCGACGGUGCGCUGCGAAGAUCCUGGGUCAUUUGGAGAAAUAUGAAGUCUGGGAUGCGGGUGUUAAAAGCUCUGGGAAGGAAAGAAAACAUUAACCUGAAGAACGACGAGGAGCUUAACUCACUUAUAGACACAGCUAUACAGAAGUGUCAUGUGCGAAUGGAGUGUUUAUCCCAGGCUCGAGAAUCUUUAAAGGAUUACCAGUGGGCAGCUCAAGGAGCGAUAUCCUUUCUCCAUAACGCUGAAGCCACCUUUUUGUCAGCUCCUGGAGGGUUUCUGGACUGUACCGAGGAACAAAGACAGACCCAGCAGGCUCUAGAGGUUCUCGAAGAUGGAUUUCAGGCUCACAUAUGCCACCUUGUAGAGCUGCUCCCCCGGCAACCCUGCCUCUCGCACCCAGAGGUCGAGCAGCUCCACAUCAGCAUUCUCAGCCAGUUGUUGGUGGGUCGAGCGAUACUGGAGGCACAGGCCCAACUCAGGCUGGAGUCCUUGCAAAGGUGUGCAGUGAGACAGCAAAGCCACAGGAGUUGUCAUGAAAACAUGCAGCAGCGUCUUUCCGGGCUGGAAGCCAGACUUUCAGAAUGUGCUUCAGCCCCAGUGACGUCGUACGAAAAAUGUGUCACCCAACAAAAGAGUGCGACCCUACUGAUGAUGGAGCUCCGCAGCCUCGUCGGGAAGAUAGAAGAGCUGAGAGCCGGGUGUCCGAUGCAGGGCUGCGGUGUUGGUAAGGACGGGGAGCUGGGAGCCCUGUGGCGCCGCUGGUCGUCGCUGCGGCGCGGCUUCGGCCUCCUGAUGGCGCACGCGGAGCAGAGGCAAGAGGAGUGGAAGGACAUCACGACAAGUAUACGGCAGUGUUGCAGUUAUCUGGCCAGUCUUCAGGCCGAGGUGCCCGACUCCUCCACCGUGAGCUUCACUCAGGAGAAACCCCAGGAGCUUCUCGUCCAGGCUGAGAUACACCAGGCCAGUCUGGAGCAGGAGCAGCAGGCCUUAUCGUCCCUGGAGCAUCGACUGGAGCACGCGCUGAGCUUAUCCGAGUCCCAGGACCCCGUCAGUCCCGGACCCGUCGGCAAAACCCUGGUGAAGAUCCAAGAGAACGUCAGGAGCUUGAAAGAGAGAAACCUGCUGCUCGUAGCUGCCGCUCAGGAGGAGGAGAACAAAAGGCAGCAAGUCCAAGAGGAGAUAGAAGAGGUGGAGAGACACAUGCUCACCAUUCUGCCACAGCUGGAAACCUGUUCCAACCCAAGCCAGCGACAGGAGCUCAGAGAGGAUUUGUCCUCGCAGAAGACCAGACUGCAGAGCAUCAUGGACGAGGUUCAGAGCCGGUACGCGGAGAUUCCUGAUGAUCUCAGCCAACGUCUCAGGGACACAGAAUUUUCGCUGCAGAGAGCAGAGGAGGAGCUCAUGGAGGGAAGUGUCCCAGUCCGUAAACUGGCUGUUCGAGUGAGGGAGCUGGGCUCAGGUCUGGAGAAGGUGAAAGUUCUGCUGGAGCAGAAAAGUCCAACAGUCAGUGAAGCUCAAAAUGUCCUCAAGCGCGUCUGGGACGAGCUGGACUUGUGGCACAGCCGCCUGAUGCUCGUGGAGAGCGAGGUGCAGGACCUCGCCGAGGAGCUGCCGGAUCAAGCACACGUCCUCAUGGACCACCUCACGCAGCCGCUGCAGCUCUACCAGAACGCCUCGCAGAUGGCCGAGUACCGCACGUCCUUCCUCAGCAAGAUUCCCGCCUGUCUUAAGGAGUUUGAAGACAUUUCUUACAGCGCCAGCUGCUGGUUGGAUGAGGCCCAGGCAUGGCUCAGUGCUUGUUACUCAUUCACGACAGCCAAAAGUCUCCAGAAUCAUGCAAAGUCCCUGCAGCUGGUGCUGGACGACUCGGAGAGGAUCAGGGACAUGUUGCAGGACUUCAGGCCGGUGCUGGCGGAAAUCUCUGCCGUGUGCGACGUCGGGGCGCAGGAGCACAGGCUGGACCAGAACGACCGAGGAGUCCACAAGAUGCAGCGCCACCUCCUGGAGCCGCUGGAGCAACUCCUGCAGGCUGCUGUGAUGGUGGAGGCGAUGGAGACUGAAGUGAAGACCAUGGAGAGGAACAUUCCCAAGAUCAGAUCUAUUUUGUCCACCGUGGACGACUCCAGCAUAACUCUGAGAGAGCAUCUCCACAACCGACAGGUGAUCCUGGCCAACGUGCGGUCGAUCCGGCGGACUCUGGAGGACAUGGAGAGUUGCAGAGCUGAGCUCCCCCUCCCACAGGGGGCAGAAGAGAGCCUGCUGGUCUUCUCUCGAGCCAAGCAGCUCCUGCAGCCGCUGGAGGAGCUGCAGGAACUCACCCAGUGUCAAGCCUCACAGCUGGAGAACAAGAUCAGGGAGGAGGGAGAGCACAGCACUGUCUCUCAUUUUCCUGGAGAAAUGAAGCAGUGCGACACAUCCUCACUAACUCGCCAGCAGGAGCCCUUUGCAGAGUCUCACUCAGAGGAAGAGGAGGAGGAUGAUGAGGACGACGACGAGAGUUGUCACUCGUCGUCCUCUGACACACUAACAUGCAGUAUUCCAGAGGACCCGGAGGACACACUCACCCGUGCAGAAGCUGCGGACGUGAAGGCUUCCUCUGACAUGGAGAUGAGCUCAAACAACGCUGAAGCUCAGCUUUUGUACGUGAAACCCGGACGUGACGACAUCGACUUUGCAACUAGAGAUGUUGACACUGGAUUAAAAUCAGCCAAUGUUGGCGAUUUGUCCUGUCCUGAGACUCCAGCGGAGGUCCAGCACUCUGCAACUGACCCACAUAAAUCAGCCAAACAUGAAACACUUGACCCCAAACCUCACACAGAGUCCCUCCAGGCUGCAGCUGCCAUUGAAGACACGAGGCUGAUCCCUGUGAGACCCAUAACUCCUUUCACCGCCUCUGGAGAGUCGGCCGAGUUCAUAGCGGACGGAGACGAAGACCUGGCUUUGUCCACAGCUUCACAACAAGAUGUGGGCUUGAAGGAGCGAAGUGAAAUUCAAACCAGUCAUAAAAGUUUGGAGGAGAAGCCACAAGUGAAGGAGUCGUCUAAGGUGCAGUUCAGUUUGGCAGGAAGACACGAUGAAGACGAGGAAGAGGAGAACCAGAGAUGGAGUCGACUGCACGCCCAGAUCUCCCAAACACUCACGGCGUGGAACAACGUUCAGCAUCAAACGUCAACCACGUCUGAACAUGAACAGGUUCCAGAAAAGGAGCCGCUGUCAAGCAGAUGUGCUUCCUCUGUUCUCCAGCAGACACAGGAGUCCAUCACCGCGCUGAGACAAAUACUGAAGUCGGCAGAUGGUUCCGAUCCAGAGGCGAAGGAGAAGUUGUACGAGGCUCUGCAGAAGGUUCUCUUCUGUCUGGACACUGGGACUGACCUUCUGUCAACUCCAGAUGGCGCUGGUGAAGACGAACUCCAGCUGAGGCUGAUGCAGCAGGAGUGUGUAUCAGCGGAGUUGGCGACUCUGGCCGACCUGUUGAAGACGGUGGAAUCUGAAACCAGGCGUGAGGAUCCAGACUCCCUCCACGGUUUGACCUGCCUGCAGGAUUGUCUCUGUAGAGUCCAGCUGCUCUUCACCUCAUCCAUCAACCGCCUCACUCCACGUCUGGGCUUCAAACACCGACCUCAGUUCUUCAACCAGCUGUGUAUCCUGGACGAGUUUGAAGUGCGACAGAGCGAAACCUUCCCAAAUCUAAAGGAUGCACCUGAUCUGGAGCGGUGCGUCCUGGGCAGACAUCUGAGGCAGAGUCCGGGGGAGAGAGCCAAGCUGCAGCAAGCAUCCCGGGCCUCGCUUCAGGGGAUAACUCACCUCCUGGAAGUGGGCGAGGAAUUCAUAAAAGAGAGGCAGAUGAGCCAGGUUCACAGCCUCGGCCAACUUCAAGCCGCUCUCUGCAGACACAAGAAGCUCCGGCAGGUCCUCGGGUCUCAGUUGGCUUUUGUGCAGUGUCUGUUCCGGCGUGAGCCAGAAGUGCUCAGGUGUCAGGAGGAUGAGAGGCUGCAGCUGGAAGUCCGGGCCAAAGCUUUGCAGCAACAGGCUCUGGGACAGGACGUGGCUUCUCAAAGGAGGCUGCAGGAGUGGACGCUGUGGGACGACCACUGCGGUCGAGUGGGUCGGGCGCUGGAUGAGUUUGAAGCCUUCAUCAGCAGCGGGGAACCAGAGGGAGACGAUGAGGAGUCUGUGGUUCAGCACAGACUGGAAACCUGCCAGCAAACCCUGGUGCAGUUGGACGAGAGUCGAGCUGCCGUAGGUUUCCUCCUGGAUCGGUGCAGACUGCUGCAGACCGAGCCCGCGUCGUUUGCUGCCUCGCUCGUCCAGACAGGAGGCGCUGUGGAGCUGCGGUGGGCGAAUGCCCUGAGGCGCGCCGAGCAAGAGAUUCAGCGCUGCAGAGACAUCCAGGACGUUGGGUCCAGAUUCCACACAGACUUCGCCUCGGUCAGUAAUUGGCUGGCCGGUGCCAACGAGCGCUUGAAGUCUUGGUCAAACCCGGACCAGGAGUGUGUCCACAACAGUGUCAUCGAGCUGCUGGACUUCUCCAUGGAGGUGGAAGCCAUGUCUGUGCAGAGAGCAGCUGUUUCCACUGAAGCCACUCAGCUGAUCCACCUGAGGGAAGCCGACAGUCCCGUGAGAGCUCAGGUCACUCAGCUGGAUGUCAACUGGAGCCAGCUGACCUCUGACCUGUCCAAGACACAAGAGCAGAUUCACAAGCAACUGCUGGCUCGGUGGCCGCAGGUGGAGCUGCUCUCCGACCUGGAGACGUGGAUGAAGAAGCUGCAGGCUUCGCUUAGCCGAGAGAAAGAAAAUGAUCUCAAGAUUAAAGAUGCUGCUCAGAUCAAUGAGGUCCUGCACCAUUAUCAGGAGUUAAAGGCAGGCACUGUCAGUGGGCAGCUCCUCCUUGAUUUCCUGUGCCAGUCUGGGCCUCAGGCAGCAGCAGUGGACGUCCAGGUUCUACAGUCUGAGCGUACGGUGUUUGCAGAGGAACUUGGCGCUCUCAGACUUCAGUGGCUUCACCUGCAGCGAGAGCUGGACAGCCAGAUUCAAGGGGCCGAGCAGAUGCGUCACACCUGUGCGGUCAGAGAGAGGAAGCUAAAUCGUCUCCGUGGUUGGGUGACGCAGCAGAAAAAGCAGCUGAGUCAGUGGAAACAACCCAUGAGUCAAAGUGUGGCUCGCCGGGCUCUGGAAGAGUGGGAGACGUCUGCAGACAGAGUGAAGGAGGUGGCUGCAGCCCUGCAGGAGCUGAAAGCCUCUCGAGUGUGUGGCGAACAGGAAGAGGAGCGUCCUUGUGACAUCACUUUCUCAAACCAGGCAGAGAGUGUUUGUGAUGCCUGUGAGGAUCUUAGACAACAGAUGGAAGUUGUGAGACCAGCGCUACAACACACACUCGAGAAGUGGCGCCGUUUUGAGCGAGAUCUGAGUGAAGUUACUCUGAACGCCACUGAGGUUCUCUGUGCUCUGCGGCAUCAGCGAGCUACACUCUUCUCACUGAAGCAGGCAGAAGGAAACAUGGAGCUCCUCCAGGAACUCCAGAGGAAGGCAGAGAAAGGAGAAGAGCUUUGGCCAGCUGUGGAAAAGUCACUCCACAGUCUGGUGAAGACUCUUCAUGGUGGAACAGCACGGGUGUUAAGUGACCAACUGGAAGGAGAGCAGAAACGGUGGAAGGACAUAACACAGGAGCUGAAUGACGAACAGGUGAAGACGGGAGAGACGGUUUCUCUGUGGCAGGAGUACAGUCGUCUCUCUGAGAGCUCCUCCCUUCACCUGAAGCACCUGAGACUUCAGUGGGAGGAGCUUCUGGAUUCUUCACAGUCACCUGAACAUGACAAGCAGACUGUCGUUGACGCAGUGGAGAAGUUGCAGGAAGUUGCUGAGAGAAUGCAAAGCGGCGUGAGCGAGACGCUGGAUGCUUCCGAGCCUCUCGCCGGACGAUUAGAACCGCUGGCCGCGAAUCUGAUCCAGUCUGAGAGCAGACUCCUGUCACGUGACGCCCUGCUGCUGACCCGGGCAAUGGCAGAGAAAAAGAAAAGUCUUCAGGAGGAUCUGCAAAACCACAGACUGUUUCACACUUUUUUGCUGAACCUUGAAAAGCAAACACAGAAUAUCAAAGAUAAAGUGAUGGCUGGUUUAAAGGAUGAAGACUCUGUGAAGGUUCUCUCGGAACUCAGUGAUCUGUUUCCGUCGCUGGUUGACGUCGGCGAGAUGAGCAGCUAUUUGAGCCUGAACAACCAGGACACAGAGCGACUGCACGCGGUCUCCAAGGAGUGGAUGGAGAGCAUGAGUCGCACAUCUGACAUGAACAAAGAGCUGCAGGCCGAGUGUCAGAGUUCCCAGAACUUUCAGGAGAAGUGUGAGAAACUGACACGUCUCACGGAGAAACUCGUCGAGGAGGCGGCGUCCGUGAAACCUCAAAGUAACUCAUGUCUUCAAGAGACGCUGAGUCUGCAUCAGAGGCUUCAGGCUGAAAUAAUUACUGGACACCAACUUUUACAGAAUGUUCUCUGUGAUGCAUUCAAGUCCAUGGAAGAAGCAUCGGGAGAGAAAAGAUCUGAACUCUUGGCUCCAGCUGUGAAAAUGAGGCAGAGCUGGUUCAGUGCUGUCGCUCUGGUUCAUCACCGCAGGUGCGCGGUGGAAGAAGAUCUCAGACACAGGAGGAUCUACCGCCAUGGCUCCAAACUUUUAUGGAAGCUGUUGAGGGGUGUCGACCCUCUGCUGCCCCCUGCUGCCCCCGCUCUUUGCACACUGCAGCAACCACGAAGCUGCGCGGAUGAUUACCAGUGUGUUAAAGAGUCCUUGGAUCUGCACUCGACCACGUUCAACCAGACACUGGCAGCCGGCAAGCGCUUGUGUGACACCGCGACAGAGUCGGAGUGUCGGAGUCGACUGCAGUCGGAGCUGCAGGCCGUUGAAACGUCUUGGAGAGAAAUAACCUCACUGCUGCACAAGAGAAAAGACCUGGUUCAUACAACAGCUCAGAAAUGGUCCCAGUGCCAGGACGGAAUAAGCAACAUCGGGACAGAGCUGGAUGACGUGAAGACCAGGAUGACGCAACAGCUGCCUGAAAAAUCAGAGAAGGAGAAAGAGAAGCUCAUUCAGGAGACCGAGCUCUCUCUGCAGUGUUUGGCCACCAGACUGAGGGAACUGGGGACCAUGAAGACGGACUUGUCCCAGUACAUCGCCGCCGGUGACUCGGCUCUUCUGGAGCAGCAGCUGGAGCAACUCCACGGUCAAUGGGAAGAGCUGUGCGUGAAGGUGUCGCUGCGCAAGCAGGAAAUUGCCGACCGCCUUAACGCCUGGACCAUCUUCAACGACAAGAACAAAGAGUUCUGUGAUUGGCUCACUCAGAUGGAGAACAAGGUGUGCCACAGCAGCGACCAGAGCAUCGAGGAAAUGGUGGAGAAGCUGAAGAAGGACUGCAUGGAGGAAAUCAACCUGUUCAGUGAGAACAAGAGCCACCUGAAGCAGUUGGGCGAGCAGCUGCUGUUGGCGAGCGAUGAGGCCAAGCAGACGCAGGUCCACGGCUCGCUGCAGGAAGUCAACCAGCGCUGGCACAACCUCUUCCACCACAUCGAAGCCAGGGUGAAGAAGCUGAAGGAGACGCUGGUGACGAUGCAGAGGCUGGAUAAGAACAUGAGUAACCUCCGCUCGUGGCUUUCCCACAUCGAGGCCGAGCUCUCCAGACCGAUCACCUACAGCGUGUGUCACCAUGAGGAGAUCCAGAGGAGACUGGCCGAGCAGCAGGGGCUGCAGAGGGACAUAGAGCAGCACACAGAGGGCAUCGCCUCGGUGCUCAGUCUGUGUGAUGUGCUGCUGAGUGAUGAAGAUGCUGCUGGCAGCUCUGAGGUGGAGAGCGACUCCCUGCAGGAAACCAGCCACAGCCUGGACCAGCGCUGGAGAACCAUCUGUGCCAUGGCUCUGGACAGGAGGCUCAGGAUCGAGGAAACGUGGAAGCUUUGGUGCAAGUUCCUCGACGACUACUCGCGGUUCGAAGAUUGGCUCAAGAUCGCCGAGCGCACGGCUGCCAACCCCAACUCUGCAGGCGUCCUUUACACCGUUGCCAAGGAGGAGCUCAAGAAGUUUGAGGGUUUCCAAAGGCAGGUUCACGAGCGGCUGACUCAGCUGGAAAUAGUCAACAACCAGUACCGACGCCUGGCCCGGGAGAACCGCACCGACCGGGCCAGCCAGCUUAAAGCUAUGGUCCACGAGGGGAACCGGCGCUGGGACACGCUGCACCGCCGAGUGGCUGCCAUCCUCCGCAGGCUGAAGUAUUUCACGAGCCAAAGGGAGGAAUUUGAAGGCACCAGGGAGAGCAUGCUGAUGUGGCUGACCGAGCUGGACCUGCAGCUCACCGACGUGGAACACUUCUCCGAGAGCGACGUCCAUCACAAGAUACAGCAGCUCAAUAGUUUCCAGAAGGAGAUCACGCUGAACACCGAGCGCAUUGACGGACUGAUCGUGUUUGGAGAGGGUCUGAUCCAGCGCAGCUCGCCACAGGACGCGGCGCUGAUAGAGGAGGAGCUGGAGGAGCUGUACACCUACUGCCAGGAUGUUUUCAGCAGACUGGUCCGCUUCCACCAGCGCCUCAGCCAACCUCCGCUGAUUAAAGAACCCGAGCUCUCUGGUACCACCUUCUCUCUGGAGUCCAGUUUGGAACUGAUUGGCCGGUCGUGGCUCAGGCGGGGCCUCGGGAGCCUCCCGGCCACGCCCACCCACCCACUGACCUCCCCUCUGGAGCGCUCGGGGUGCGGGACACCGGUGAGCGUGGACUCCCUGCCUCUGGAGUGGGACCACACCGGAGACGUGGGAGGUUCAUCGUCGCCCGAGGAGGACGAUGAUGAUGAGGAUGAUGAUGAUGAGGACGAAGAACAUGAGGAGGAGGAGAGAUACUUCAGUGCUCUGUCAGUAUCUAGCAGGUCUAUGGUCGUACAGAAGUCGUCAGUGUGGAGAGCGACAGCAAACACCGAAGCUCUGCACUCAGAGGGCCACGUCGAGGGUGCACCCACCUUCACCAGCACGCCUCGAAAGCAGGCCUAUCUGGGGUUAAUGUCUCAGUGCAGCGGCAGCAUCGAGGACAUUAAAAGAGUCUCGCUGAUCCUGGAUGAGGAGGAGCGGCAGCCGCAGGAGCUCGGCCUGACGGGACUAACCGCGUCAGACAAACAGUCUGGUGUGAUUGAACGCUGGGAGCUGCUCCAGGCUCAGUCCAGGAGCGAUCAGCUGACCGGCCCACAGGAGCUUCAACAGCUCACGUCUGACCUCGACCACCUCACUUCCUGGUUAGAGAGCGCGAUCCCAGAGCUGGAGCGGCCACAUUGCUCCAGCACGGCGGCGGCGAGUAUAGCAGACAUGGAGGCCAGAGCCAGAGAACUAAAGGAGAUGCAGAGAAUGUUUACUCACUACAAGUCCAUCAUGCUGUCUGUUAACCUGAGAGCUCAGGAGGCUCCAGAGCUUCAGCAAAGACUGUUGAGUAUGAACAGAGACUGGAGCCGAGUGUGCACAGGUCUGCAGCAGUGGGACGCUGGACUGAGGAAGACUCUGAUGCGCUGCCAGGAGUUUCACGGGACUCUCCACUCUCUGUUACUGUGGCUGGCCCACGCUGAGAGCACACGCUACGCAGUGGACAUCAGUGACCCUGACACGUGCGUCCAAGUCCUGCAGCAGCAUUGCAACACACUCACACAUCUGCAGGAGGAGCUGCAGAGCAGACAGCGGCAGCAGACUGCACUGCAGACUCUGUGGUCACAGCUCCAGCCCGAGGACGAAGACACCGCCGCCGCCGCCGCCGAGGACCGAGCAGAGGCUCAGGAGAAGCUCCACGUCACGGGCAGCAAACUGAAGUCUCUGCUGAGAGACGUGGACCGAGAUCUGAGCGUCUUACAACAGCGACUGAACAGUGACACUGCGUCAGACGUCCAAGGUCAAAGUUCCUCUGCAGAACCUCCGCAGAAGAAGAAAACUUCCUCCACACACAGAGGGACGAGGGAGUCGUCUCCUCCUCGCUCUUUCUUCUACCGAGUCCUCCGCGCCGCGUUCCCCCUGCACCUCCUCCUGCUGCUCCUCCUGUUGCUGCCGUGUCUCAUCCCGCAGUCGGAGAGCGACACCAGCUGCACUGUGGUCAACAACUUUGCCCGCUCCUUCUACCCCAUGUUACGCUACACCAACGGGCCCCCGCCCACCUGAUCAUCCACACACACACACACACGCACACGACCAAAAUGGCCCCAUGUUUUAU